UAAAGCACAGUGAAUCAUCAUUUGGGUAGUUCUGUAUAAGCCAGUCUGGUGUCCGGUCCUGUUAUUGUUGAAGUGAGUCGUGAUGGCCUCCUCUGAGUCCGAUAAAGUUCAGGAGCGUCUCAUUGAAGACUUCACCCCGAGGCUGAGAGAGUACAUCCGAGUGGAGCCGGUCCUCCGCUACAUAGACUUUAUCGACAACGAACAGAAGGAGCUGAUCAUGCAAAAAGCAAGAACCGAGGGCAACCUCCGGGCUGCAGACCUACUUAUCAGCGCGGUGGUGAAGGAGCCUCAUCCUCCCGGCUGGUUCACAGUUUUCGUGGCUGCUCUGAACCAGGCGGGCUGUAAACAUGCAGCAGACUACAUGCAGCUGAACCUGCCCAGUCCUGAGGUGGAGGCAGAGAAUGACAGCAGGGUCAGGCUCGUCCAGCUGCUGUCCCCCAGCCUGGUGGACAUGAAGACUGAUCAAGUGUGUGCGCACUGUGUCUCUGAAGGCCUGCUCACCGCUGACGACGAUGAGAACAUCAGAGCUGAAAUAGCAACCAACGGACUCAGAAGUGGAGCCAGUGAACUCCUAAGAAGAAUCGUGAGAGGUCAACCCUCUUGGUAUUCUACGUUUCUCAAAAUUCUACGUGAAACUGAACACAAGCACCUGUAUGAGCUGACAGGAGGCUCAUCUGACUGUGAGGAACAAGAUGAAAAACAGUGUUCAAUGAAAGAUGAACCUAUGGCUGAUGAAGCUGAAAGCCGCAACAGUCCAGAGUUAAUGGACAUCUGCGUCAACGAGGAGCUUCAGGAUGCAGAUCUGUACGCCAGCGGUGAGCUGCCAAACAGCUCAGAACCCUCACAGCUAGAUGGAAGUGACCUCGUAGCAGAAGCCAAAAGCCCAGAAAAAGCUGAUAUUGUUCUUCGAGAUUAUCAGAUGGACGUCGCGAGACCUGCCUUGGAGGGGAAAAACAUCAUCAUAUGCCUCCCGACAGGAAGCGGUAAAACCAGAGUUGCAGUUUAUAUUACCAAAAAACAUCUGGACGGCAGGAGGGCAGAGGGGAAACCAGGGAAAGUGGUCGUCCUAGUGAACAAGAUUCCCCUUGUUGAGCAGCAUUACUCAUCAGAGUUCUUGCCCUUUCUGAAGCACACAUAUAAAGUGGAGAGAGUCAGCGGAGACUCCCAGCUCAAAAUCUCUUUCGCAGAGAUCGUGGCAAAAAAUGACAUCAUCAUUUGCACAGCCCAGAUUCUGGAAAACUACUUGGAGAGAUCUAAUACCGGAGAGGAUGAAGGAAUCAACUUAAGUGAUCUGACGCUGAUUGUAAUAGAUGAGUGUCACCACACUCAGAAAGGGGAAGUGUACAACCACAUAAUGAUGCGAUACCUGAAGCAGAAGUACAAGAACAUAAAGCUGAAAAAGGAGCAGAAGAAAACUGUGCCCCUCCCUCAGAUCCUGGGCCUGACUGCCUCACCAGGGGUUGGGAAAGCCACAAAAAUGAAGCAAGCUGAGGAGCAUAUACUUCACAUUUGUGCAAACUUGGAUGCUUCCAAAAUCAUGACAAAGAGCCUUGGGGAGUUCAAAAAGGAACCAAGGAAAACAAUAGUAAAUGUGGAAGACAGAAAAGAGGAUCCCUUUGGUGACGUCAUCAAGAAAAUCAUGCUUGCAAUUCAUGCCCAUGCCGGGCUGAGCCCAACCUGUGACCUUGGCUCUCAGAAUUAUGAACAGUGGGUAGGCCAAAACGAACGCAAAGCUGCAAAAGAUGAAGAUCAGAAAGUACGUGUUUGCACAGUGCAUCUUCUACUUUACAACGAGGGCCUGAAUCUCAGCAACACCAUCCGCAUGAGUGAUGCCCUGAGUUUCCUGAAGAAAGAGCAAGAGGAGGAGAUUAAGAAAAAAGCAACCCCAGAUGGGGAGCACAAAAUACAAAUCACAGAUACUGAGAGAUUCCUCUUCAAUUUGUUUAAAGAGAACAAGGCAGAGCUGGAGAGGCUCGCAAAGAUUCCUGAAUUUGAAAAUGACAGCCUGUCAAAACUCCGCACUACCAUUCUGCACGAGUUCAGUAGCAGGGACAAGGCCAGAGGGAUCAUUUUCACCAGAACACGCCGCAGUGCCAUCGCUCUAAGUCAGUGGAUUCAGGAGAACCCCAAGUUUGAAGACAUCGAAGUGAAACCGGCAUAUGUCAUUGGAGGAGGAGACCAGAGCAAUGUUAAACCGAUGACCGCUGCAGAGCAAAAGGACGUGUUGAAAAAGUUCCACAGCGGUGAUGUCAACCUGCUGGUUGCUACCACGGUGGCAGAGGAAGGUUUGGACAUACCAGCCUGCAACUUUGUUAUCAGAUAUGGCCUGUCGACCAAUGAGAUCGCUAUGAUUCAGGCUCAAGGCCGAGGAAGAGCUGAAGACAGCAGCUACACUGUGGUCGAUGUGAAGAACUCCGGGGUGGCUGAAAAGGAGUGUGUCAAUGAGUACCGUGAGAACAUGAUGAACAAAGCCAUUGCCAAAAUCAAAGUCUUAAAUCAAGCAGAGUAUGACAAGCGGAUCACUGAUCUUCAGUUACAGGCUAUAGUGGAGAAGAAAGUGAGAACAGAAAGGCAGAAACAGAAGGUCAUUAAGAAGGCGAACCCGUCUGAUGUGAAGUUCAGCUGUCGACACUGCAGCAAACACGUCUGCACCGGCGACGACAUCCAGAUCAUCGAAAGCAUGCACAGAGUCAAUGUCACAUCACAGUUUUGUGAACUUUUUAUUCAGAGAGAAAACCCUACUUUUCAAGAACGCCUUCUGGAUUAUGAGACCAACUCUUUCAUAGCAUGCAAACAGUGUGGACAGACCUGGGGAUCGAUGAUGGUGUACCGUGGGAUCGACUGCCCCUGCCUUGACGUGAAAAACUUUGUGGUGAGGAUCGGCGAAGAGAAGAUAAGCAAAUGCAACAAGUGGAGUGAACUCCCCGUCAGGUUUUCUACCUUCGACUACACCGAGCACGCGAGCCAGAUGGCACAGAGCUCAGACGAGGAAGAAAUGGAAUAAACUCCCACUCUGCAGAGUCAGAAAUGAUCCAGAAAACACUGAUUAGUGUCGUAUUUACUUACCUACAUUGUAGGGCUGGGCGAUAUGGCCUAAAAAGAAAAUCUCAGAUUUUUUCACAAAAAAUUCCGAUUCAUUUACCCGGAGAGGGCUGCAGCUCAUUUGCAUGAAGUAGACUGACUUCUACUUUAUGCAAAUUGCAUACGGCGUGCGGAGAUUCCACGCAUCGUUAAACUGUCCUCAAACUUCUAAACUAGGCGUUGGUGACAUAAAACAAGGACAGAUUCAGCUGCUGCAGAUUAUUUCUCCCCUCAAAUGCUUUCAGAAAUACUUUUCGCUGACGUGUCUUUUGAAAUAAAAGGGAAAGUUUGCGGCCGAGCCGCUGUGUUUAUCCGACUUGUCUGCAGGACUGUCCAGCUGAAAGCUCGGUCACGUGACCACGUAGCGGCCUGCUGUUGGUCAGCGCUGUCAUGUGACCAUGUUGUGUUCCGCUAGUGACCGCCCGCCGUCCGUGCGAUUUUCAGAUGUGGUGCGUUGCCGUGCGGGAAAAUCACAUCUAGUGGACACGCGCCUUUAGAUCUGCACCGCUCGCCGCCAUGUUGUUUGUGUAUCAAGCGCGGGGGGGAGGGGGGCGCACUCUGAACUACGGGAGCCCAGCGGGAAGGCGUUGGAUGUUGAUGAGAAAAUCGAUUUUUAUUAAAACAAUUCGACAUUAAGUACAAACUCGAAAUAAUCGAUAAAAUCGAUUUAUCGCCCAGCCCUACUACAUUGGGAAAUGCAAUUCUUCCUUUUAGUGCUACACUUUUGGGAUAACUGGAGGUGAUGGAUUUAAGUAUGUGUUGUUACUGACAAUGGUGUCAUGGAGUAUUAGAAAUAUGAAUGGGCUAUGAUAAUAUAUGAUUAUGUUAAGGUUAAAUAAAUAUGCAAGUUUGUCAAAGUAUAUAUGAAUUUACUCUGAGAUUGUGUAUGGGAUACUACAGUAUGUUGGAUUUAUGGUUUAGAUAUAAUGGACUGGCGGAAUUGCUAAUAAGAAAAUAUAUAUUUCCAUCUGAAAUCCCUGUGGUGUCUUGAGAUGGGAGCCACUGAGCCUGUGAUCGCCCCUCAGAGCCCACCUGUCAACACACAUGCACACAAACAGGUGCUGUUGAUUUUCCAUUAAAUUCAGCUGUUAGUGAGUCAUGAGCCAGUCAGCAAAUGCUAUUUUCAGAGGCAUUUUUCUGAGCUUUGUUUCUUCACACUGUUACACACAGAUUACAUGCGAUUUUCUGAGACACGCCCAAGUAUGCAAUGGAAGUAUGAAUAAAGUUUUUGACUCUUAA